ACCGCGAAAUUUCCAUGUUGACUCCCCGCUGCCCACGGAGAGGGUGCUGGUGGUGGUAAUGCUCGAGAAGCAGUGCCCGAUGCGUGUUCGACGAAAUGUCAUCGCCACAGCUAGCGCUGCCAACCUGCCAUGGUCGCGCCCCGUGCGCGUCCCUCUGGGGGACCGGCGACCUUGACGCCGCGCUUCUCCUCUCGGCGCGGACGCGCGCGUGCGUGCCGGGGUCGAUUCCGGUCGCCGCGCGCGCAGGGUGCUCGGCGUAAUGGCUCCCUCGGCUGCCUGCAUUGCAUCUCCUUCGGGGCAGUGCAGUGCGUGCCGACAUGCCCACUGAGACCGAGGUCAAGGAGAGGAGACCGACAGGGACGACUCCACUAUCUGGUCGCUCGCUGCCAUCCACUGGCCGAGUAGUUGGUGCGGUGGUGUCUUGUCGCGGCCGCACCCGUGGGCUCGUACACGCGACGUCGCCGUCGGGGCCCCGGGGGACGUACGGAUUGCGCGUGCCGACCGCGCCUCAGGGUCUCCGAAUGCGGCGCUCGCCCUUGUCUUGGCCAGGUACGGUACGUGGUCGCUGUGCAGCUGCGGGGCGCCAUCUGAAGCUGUUGGCAGAGCAUGAAAUCCGGGUGAAAAAUCAGGACUUCUCUGCGGUAAUGCCAAUUGUUAAAAUUAUUAACUGCUCCGUAGUUAAGCCCAUAGUACUAAUAAGUAAGCAAUGAGGCACCUUAUUCUUCCCUAACUUUAUGCUUGUGUGCCACUUGUAAGAUUCGUUAGGAACAUCUUGUUAGUUUAAAGCACAAGCUUUAGCAGUUAAGUUAGGCACCAAGUCCACGGCCACAAGAUCACCACAACAAUAUCGGUUGGGAUGCAAUUAGUUCCACACUGUUUCCAUUCCGGAGAUUAGUACAUACCAUGAAAUGCUUCAGCCAUGGGGUUUACUUGCCCUUCUGAUUUAUUAUUCUACUACGAGAUGACCAAACCACAUGGGAGGACAGUCUUUUUCUAAUGCCAACAAAGGGAUCAUAGAGUCAAGUCUAAAAGUUGCAAUUAUUUCGCAGCUGUAUCCUUUCUAUUGGUGGAAGAUACUUCAUUAUCAUGACGAAAGUGUUUCCAAACAGCUGCACUAGCUCACUGCACACUUACCCUCUUGAUCUAUCAUUAUGGAAUAGGACAACCGUAAUACCAUGUGAAAGCAUUUGCUACUCCCAUGGACAUGCAUAUAUGACAGUCUCUCUCUCUCUCUCUCUCUCUCUCUCUCUCUCUCUCUCUCUCUCUCUCCUAGUUUGCUCACAAGAGUAAAGAAUAAGCAUGAAGUUAUGUGUAGCAGUUCUCCUUUUCUACAUGUUCCAGUUGAUCCAUGGACAGCCUGAUUAUCAAGGUUUCAUAAGCAUCGAUUGUGGUAUCCCACUGAAUUCUACCUACCAAGAUUCCAUUACAAACAUAGUAUAUGUAUCAGACUAUGGUUUCAUCACCACGGGAGAAAACCGCAUCAUCUCCUCAGAUUACAUGGAGCCGUCACUAGCGAAACGCUAUUCCAAUCUCCGGUUCUUUCCACACGGUCCGAGGAAUUGCUACACCCUGAGAUCCUUGGUGAUGGGAAACAAGUACCUUGUUCGUGCAUCCUUCUACUAUGGAAACUAUGAUGGCCUGGGCAAACCUCCUGUCUUUGAUCUUUACCUGGGGACAAACUACUGGCAUGAAGUUAACUAUAGUGAUGCAGGAGCAUUCAACUGGAUGGACAUCAUACUUGUGGCUCCUACUGAUUACUUGCAAGUUUGUUUGGUGAACAAAGGUAUGGGUAAUCCAUUUGUUUCUGGGCUGGAUUUGAGGCCACUGAAUACCACCCUCUACCCAGAGGUAAAUGCAAGUCAAUCGCUCGUGCUGGUUAAUUCUAAUCGGUUCCACAUGGGACCCACAGACAAUUCAAUAAUCAGGUACCCCUCGGACCCCCUAGACCGCAUCUGGACGACAUAUAAUGCAAUUCCGAACUGUACAACGAUAUCUGCAACAUCUCCAAUGCAUAAUAACCUCAGGGAUGUCUACGAUGUGCCACCAUCUGUUAUGCAAAAUGCAGCAACUGUUAAUAGCUCAAGAAUUGAUUUCUCAUGGAAUCCAUCUGAUCCAUCGGCGAACAUAAACUCCAAAUACUUCUUUAUUUUCUACUUUGCUGAGCUGCAGCAUGUACCGAGCAAAGCGGUGCGGCAGUUUGAUAUCAUUAUCAAUAACAAGACAUGGAACAGGCGACCUUACACCCCAACAUUCCUAUUCGCCAAUUAUUUUUCCGGUGUUGUGCAAGGGAUGGAAAAUUAUAGUGUCUCACUUGUUGCCACAAAAAAUGCAACACUUCCACCUAUCCUCAAUGCCAUGGAGAUGUACUUGGUGAAACUGAUAACUGCGGUUGCAACUGAUCCUGGAGACGCUAGAGCUAUGAUGGCAAUCCAAGACAAUUUUGGUGUGGUAAAAAACUGGAUGGGUGAUCCAUGCACUCCGAAAGCUUUUAUAUGGAGAGGAUUAAACUGCUCAUAUCCAUCGGCAAGCCCCUCUGAAAUAAUGGGACUAAACUUGUCUUCCUUUGGGUUAGUUGGUGCCAUCUCUACUAACUUUAGAGAUCUCAAAGCACUCCACUAUCUGGAUUUGUCACACAACAACUUAUCUGGUCCUAUUCCAAAUUUUAUUGGGGAACUUUCAUCACUAAUGUUUCUGGAUUUGUCCAGCAAUGAUCUGAGUGGACCAAUUCCCUACAGCCUUUUACAAAGGUCCCAAAAUGGAUCCCUAUCACUAAGGGUCGGUGGCAAUCCAAAUCUUUGUGGCAAUGGUACUUCCUGCAAACCAGUUCGAAAGAAGAUCAAUGGGACACUUCUCGCUGCAAUAGUUGUACCAAUAGUUAUUGCCAUCACACUAUUUGUUAUAUUAUUUUUGCUGCGCCAAGCGCUCAAAGGAAAAGCUAAGCGAAAGGCUACUGGUCAUGAAGAUGGAUCAGCAUUACUUGGGAGCCGAGAGUUCUCUUACAAAGAACUGAAGCAUAUUACAAAUAACUUUAGCCAAGAGAUUGGAAAGGGUGGGUUUGGACCUGUCUUCCUUGGUUAUUUGGAGAAUGGAAACCCAGUUGCUGUGAAAGUGCGUUCUGAGUCAUCUUCCCAAGGGGGUAAAGAAUUUCUGGCUGAGGCUCAACACUUGACAAGGAUUCAUCACAAGAACUUAGUUUCUUUGGUUGGCUACUGCAAGGACAGAAAUCAUCUGGCUCUUGUUUACGAGUACAUGCCCGAAGGGAGCCUGCAGGAUCAUCUGAGAGCCACUUCUACUAGUAAACCACUCACUUGGAAGCAGCGUCUUCAGAUCGCCCUUGAUGCUGCACAAGGUCUUGAGUAUCUGCACAUCGCCUGUAAGCCAGCAUUGAUUCACAGAGAUGUGAAGAGCAGGAACAUCCUCCUGACCACAGAUCUUGGGGCUAAGAUUGCUGAUUUUGGCCUGACCAAGGCUUUCAGCGACUCCAAAACACAUAUAACUACCGAGCCAGCUGGUACCAUUGGGUACUUAGAUCCUGAGUACUUCCGCAGUUAUCACAUCAGCGAGAAGAGCGACAUGUACAGCUUCGGCGUCGUCCUCCUGGAGCUCAUCACGGGCCAUGCCCCGGUCAUACCGAUUAGCGACAGCAUGAGCAUCCACAUUGGUGAGUGGGUGCACGAGAGUCUCGACCAAGGAAACAUCGAGAGCAUUGUGGAUGCAAAGAUGGGAGGGGACUAUGACAUCAACUCUGUCUGGAAAGCUGCUGACUUGGCACUGCAUUGCAAGCAAGAGGUCUCCCGGGAGCGGCCUACUAUGGCGGAGGUCGUGGCCCAGCUUAAGGAGUGCUUGGAGCUCGAGAAUCGUUGCAGCGAGAGGAGAGGAAACUUGUCUUCGAAUGAUGAUAAUUUGACCUGUCCCGGAGAGGGAAAUGCACUUGAGGUAGAAGAAGAAGAAAGACAACAGCAACAAGGUGGAGAGAUACAAGCGGCUGCUGGCCCUGCAAUGAGAUGAUAGUUUUGAUGACCUUAACCAUAAAUGCUGGAGGUUGGAGCCAUCUUCUUUACCUUUCGGAUAAACCUUCAUCUUGCCUUUCUUUGUGAAGUUCUCAAAUUUCUGGCAAUGCCUAGAUGGAGUCUACCUGUUCUAGUCCAGAUAAAAAAAUUGUGAUGAAAGAAGCUCGAGUGGAUCACCGGAGAAUUCACGUUCGGGUUUGGACGGCGUGCGAGUGAUACGUUUCUCAGUGUUUAGUGUUUAGAUUGGACUUUUUUGUUGGCAUGUUCGUCUUAGUUUGUCGUCCGUGUUUUUGAUGUUUCUCUCCUCUUGGCAAUAUCAAACUUUGAUCUCUUUAUACAAGAUAUUAAUCUGGCUAUAUACAUCGUCUUAGGAUC